AUGGUCGAGGCGACUCCUGAAGGUCGCCCGAAAUGGAUCAUCACGAACCCCGCCGAUAUUCCCUCCAAACCUAGCACUGAGCAAGCAAGAUAUCUACUGCGGUGGUAUCUCCGUGCAACGAACUGUAUUCUCGAUGUUUUCAAUGAGUCCGAAAUCCUCAAGGACCUCGAGCAUUGGCUGCGUGGAGAGCCAACGAGUCAAGAUGAAGAGGCCAUGAACUGCAUCUUCUUUCUGAUAUUCGGCAUUGGAGCACAGCGAUGCCCGGAUGAUCGCGAUGCCGAUGCAGAGAAGUACUUCAACUAUGGUCGAUUCCUCGCAGUCUCGUAUGCCAUGGAGAACCCAACAAACAACACGGUGCGCAGUUACAUCCUCAUCACCGUCUACCUCCUAGGCGCAUCGCGACGCAACUCAGCAUUCAUGCACCUGGGUGUCGCUACCCGUGCCGCCUACGCGCUGGGAAUUCACCGGCGAGACGUCCCGGCGCUUUUCUCAACACAAGAGCAAGACACCCGGGAUCGACUGUGGAAAGCCCUUCGGGUUCUGGAUCUAUUCUUGGCCGCCUCUUUAGGUCGCCCAUUGGCGACUUCCGAGACCCGAGAUACCUCAGCGAGCGAGAACUACUCUGCCUCGCUGGACCUCUGCGCCAUCUUCGAAUCAAUCUUGAACGACGUCUACGCCAAGCGUAUGGUGUCUACAGAAACGCUGGAGCGUAUUAGCGAACAGCACCGUCGAUGGGCCGCUAGGUUCAGUGAUGGUCUCGCGGCUGACGGGAUGAAGCCCAGCAAGUAUGUUGACGCCGAUGACGUCCAUGCCUGCGUGGACUCCGCAAUACGGACAAUCGACCUUCUGUCAACUCUAAUACCGGACAAAAACGUAGCCAAACGACACCCCUUUGUCAUCAACUCUGUGUUUGUCUCCGCCCUAGUCCUCGGCUUGGCCGUCUUCGGUGACCUAGACAGCACAUUCCCGUUAGACCACGGUCUGAACGACGCGCAAGCGCUGCUCAAGAAGUUCAGCAAGCACGAUCCUGUUGCUAGCAGAGAGCUCGCCAUCGUCGAGCAUCUCCAGAGCGCGUGCGUCCUCUACCGAGAACGGCGGGCACGUCGGAAGAUGGAAUGCCAGGGAAUGCUCAUCGGCGAGCUCUUCGGGAGCGUCCACGAAGGCGGCCCGUUGUCGACGGAAGCUUCCAAGUUCGGCUCGAACGCUGUCCACCGAGACAUUCGAUACUUUGGCAACCAUCGACACUUGAGCACAUCAGAAGCGGGAGAGAUCAAUAGCCUGGACCAGAGUGUCUCAAUAACGACGGGGAGCACUGAUGGGCCUCAGAUGUUGGGUAGCGAAACUGGUCGAGGAACAAACGUGAUCCAGGCACUUACUCCUUCGACCGAUAUUCUGCUCCCAAUGUCACCACGGACGCUGCUUUUUGAUUCUUAUGGGCAAGAUAUGCCUUUCUUCCCGACUAUGGACGCGAGCAUGGCCCACCUAGGCUACACGGAUGAGAUGAUGCUUGCUGAUGCAGGGGCUUUAAUGGAUCCGCCGUGUUAG